AUGGAUUCACAGCACACACCUGGAAAGAUAAGUAUCUCUGAAAGGUUCAUCCUUUCAGGAAUAAAGCCUGUUGAAAAUAGAGAUUACCCACACUACUGUCAUCUCUUAAGAAAAAUGAACAUGCCUUUUGUGAAAGGAGUUAAGGACAGACAUGACUAUGGCAGAAUUGAAAAGAAAUGCAACCCUACAUUUCUUAAAUUUCAUCCUUAUCCCCCUUCGGUCCUGCCAGACUAUCAUUUACACCAUCCCUAUCCCCCACCAUAUGGACCAGAUUAUCCAUUAUUUCCACUUCAGGAUGAUGUACCCUUAGGUGAUUCCUGUUCAGGGUUUUUGAGUCCUGGUGGUGGUGCUGACUUAAAACCUGGAGUUGGCAGAACCAUACCAAGCCUGGUGGAUUUCAGUGAUGUGAAACCUCAACAUCGAGUUCCCAGGUCAGACACAGGAUUUCAAACGACACUUAAAAGGCAAAAAAUUUUAUUAGAAGAACUAAAACAAGACAGGAGAUGGAACUCCAGGGCGACAUCAGACAUUUCCAUCAGAGCAAGACUUGGAGGUUGGACAAGCCCACGGAAAGUUAUUCCUUUACAACCUCAUCAUGAACGAUGCUCAGUAAAUCACACAUAUACAUUUGAUGAGGAAGCAACAUGUACAGGUGAUGGAGAACCACUUUCACAACCAACCAAGAAAUACAACACAAAGGACUCAUUUUAUAAGUCCUCUACCCAAAAAGCUUAUGAAGUUGUUCCUUGGGACAACAUGCUCCCACCAAAACUCGAUCCAGAAGAAACAACAGUGGAAAAAGCUGCUGACCCUGUCUCACAGUGUUUUACACUGAAAAGAUACAAAAGAACACCAGCGAUAACUCAGAUGGUUGGUGGACUCUGGGACAGAUUUCAAACAAGAUCUUUCUUGGCACCAAUCAAGCCAGUUAAUUUUGUGAGUCCAAGUUCUAGAAGCAAAUACAUUCCUCUCUAUACUGGUUAUGUGCAGUCUACAAACGCUGAUGACAUUGACAACCCCAUCACAUCUCUAGCCAAGCCGCGGAGCUCUAAAAUUCUUUAUACAAACACAAGUUGCUCUACAAAUAUUCCAGGAUACACUGGUAAGGUUCAUUUCACAGCCACCCACCCAGCAAAUUCUGAGAUUCCAUCAACAACCCCAUCGCCAGAUUCAGAAGUGCACCAUGUCUUACGAAAAGAAAUGGAAGUUGACCUCUUCCGUCACCAGGCACCAUUGUCUCGAAUGGUCACGACUGUAAAGCCCUAUAACCCCUUCAAUAAGAAGGAGAAGGAAACUGUAAGCUACUGA